AUGUAACAAAGACUCUUUGCCGUUAAGUCUGGUACUCGAGACACCGUCAUCACUCUCACGCUAAAUGGAAACGGAACUGGAACCCGUUGUAAACGGAAACGACCGUAUCAACGUCCCAUCACCGCCACUCGUAGAUGGCGGCGAAGCCGCUGAAGAAGGGGGCGGUUCCGGAACCCGCGAAGAUUCGGCGGACGGAGGGCGUGUGCGUAAACGGAGAGUGAAGGGGCCUUGGUCGCCCGAGGAAGAUGCGAUACUGAGUGAACUCGUGAGCAAGUUCGGAGCGAGGAAUUGGAGCUUGAUAGCGCGUGGAAUCGCCGGCCGUUCUGGCAAAUCGUGUCGGCUUCGUUGGUGCAAUCAGCUUGACCCGGCCGUUAAGCGCAAGCCAUUUACUAAUGAGGAGGAUCAGAUGAUAAUUUCAGCUCAUGCUGUACAUGGGAACAAAUGGGCAGUGAUUGCAAGGCUUCUACCUGGGAGAACAGAUAAUGCUAUAAAAAAUCAUUGGAAUUCCACAUUGCGACGCCGAUACAUGGAUCUUGGUAGAAUAAACUCAGAAUCUGGAAAUAUGGUGGAUGAUGCUUGCUUGGACAAAGACAAGGCAUCAUCGGAAGAAACCCUGACUUGUGCAGAGGACAGUUCAUUCAGACACCUUGAAGUGAAAGAUGUAAGCUCUUCGGAAAAAAUAGAUAAUCAAUCAAAGGGCAAAGCACCAACGGGGACUCCUUCUAGCCAUGAAUCAAUUGAACCACCUACUCUUUUCCGACCUGUACCCCGUAUCAGUGCUUUUAAUGUUUAUGAUAACAUGGAUAGACCAGAAUUUGUUUCACCAUGUUCAAUGCCGGUUCCACUGCUAGGCCCUUCUAUUCAGACAUCAAAACCAGAUGUUGGGAUAUGCAAAUUGCUUAAAGGAGUUUACACUGAUCGUCUAGUGCCUCUGCAAUGUGGUCGUGGCUGUUGUGGAACUCAAAAUGGUCGAAGUAAGUCUUUGCUGGGGUCAGAAUUCGUGGAAUUUUCAGAACCUCCAUCUUUUCCAAACUAUGAGUUGGCUGCAAUAGCCACUGAUAUAAGUAACCUUGCUUGGCUGAAAAGUGGAUUGGAAAAUAACAGCGUCAGAGCAAUGGAUGAUGCAGCUUCUGGCACAACACCUCAUAGAUCUCCAGCGCACAUGGGACAUUUUGAGGAGAGCCGAAUGAGUGAUCGUUUAAGUAUUGACCUGCUGUCAACAUAG